AUGGCUUCCCUAACGGGAAGUUCUCAAGAGCAGCGCCGAUGGUUAGUGGUGGGUAUUGCUCUUCACCAUGUCCUUACUCCGUGCCUCAGAGAUAGGAUCAAAGCCGAAAUGACUCCAUUCUACCAGCAUUUGGUCCGAAGCUUUGGCCUGGACAAACAGACGUACAAAUCUUUCAAAAAGAAUAUUCCACCGUCCACGGUGAACUUGAACUAUGAAAGUAUCAACAAUAACCACAGUGCCCCGCACCGUAGCCACUACGACUACUGUGUAAGGGAUGAGAUGUCUUUGGCCAAGCUGUUUAUGAAACCUUUUAUGGCAAAGUUUAAUGCAUUCGAUAGUUCCUUUGACUCUUCAGCAGCGCUUGCAGUCCUCUGUGGAGCUCUGCCAUUCACGUCUGUCAAACCGCUCGCUGAGAAUGUUAGGUCAGAAGUUCGUAAUAAGUGGGCCCAUUGCGACUUCAUAGCUUGGACGCAAGGACAUUAUGACACUUGCUUUGAUCUUAUGGAGGCUCUUAUCAAAAGACUAAGUUUACCUUCCGUCGAUGAAGCAAAAGCCUUGGAUUCACUGGAACUGUGGAGAACACAAGGUAAAGUGAUUUAUAUUGGCAAAUAUAACGAUGUAAUAGGCAAAAUCUAACAAACCUUCAUCCUACCUGUAGAAACAGUUCUAACAUCAUAAGGCUUGUAUAUGUUUUAACAAAUGAUACCAUUCUGCAUGACCAAAGUCGGUUGGAGCAGUUCGUUACUACAUGUACAGCAUAAAAGGCAAAUCAUAAAUCUAUGUUUUACCAAUCAAGGUAUAACAAAUUUAUUAAUCCAUGUUUUCUUAAUCCAUAGUUUACUAAUCCAUCGAUUUGUACACCAAUAUGGCCCCGUGACGGCAUUUAAAAACAAUCUAUUCUGAGGAGUCUGAGGAGGGGAGGUUCUGCUUCAGUAUUACCCUAAAAAAUUCGAGAAAAGCCUUACAGUGGUUGGGGAGGGGGAAGUACGUCUAAGGGUUAGCAGUAAAAUGCAUGAAUUGAUGGUACUGACUUGAAAGUCACAGUUAUUUGCACAGUGAAAUACUGUUCGACAAUUAUUUUUACUUGCGUCUGAUUCAGUUAUUGUUUUAUAGAGAAAAAAAUUAACACCUAAUCAGCUGUAAUUGCUUGUAGGGAAGAGCAGGGCUACUGAACAGCUGAGUAAAACUGGAAGGAGGUUAUUCCCCUUGUAUUUUCUUGUACAACCCCAGGCAUUUUAAAUUGUCGUUCAUUUAUAACGUCUCCUUCAAUAUAUGCCUAAUUCAAUAACUGUUGCGGCUUUGGCAAUUGGUCAUUGGUAAUUGGGCAUUUAGGUAUAUAGUUAUGGAACUCACUGCAAUAAUUUGCCUCAGUGACCACCAAACAAUAGCAUCACAAUGUGUAAUUCUCAAUGCCCAAAGCAAGCUUCAUUGAAUCAGGUAUAUAAUAAUAUAUGGUUGCCAAAUACGACGCUAAAACUCAUUUAGUAGGUAUUAAAUACAGGAACUUGAGACAUUACAGGCUCUUAGUCCUGUCCUGGUAGACAACGUACUAAGCGAAAAUGGAAUGCCAAGAGGUUUAAGGCCUGGGUCAAAGAGAUGUAUGGUUAAUUGACAAUAUCUCUAGCUGGGAUUCCUAGAACAAGAUGAAUUUCCCCCAAAAGUAAAUCUUGAGGUCCUCUUGUGCCUUAACGUUUAAUUAUGGUCACGUGAUCAAAAAUUUAAAAUGAAGGAAAUUUUCGAAGAAGUGAGGAAUUUAUAUUGUUUUGAUAAAGAAAUUAGCGUUUCUGAUAGCGAAUUAAUAUACUUUACGUUCUAAGUUUGGAAUGAAUGUACUGGAAGUUUAAAAUUAAAGUUUUGAAUUAUUCAAAUUAAAUUUGCGCUUUUACAGUCAAACUAAGUCAAGCGUACCCCCCAAGAUUCUAUUAAUGAAUUGAUUAUUUGAAAAAUGAAUCCGUUAGUCGUUCCCGUAACUGGUGUCAAAUUCAAAGCGGCGUUUCUGCAUGCGUAAUGAGCAGUGAAUAUUUUACGAGAACUUCUCUGUAUUUGGUCAGAUUGGAAAUCUUUGAAUGGAUUAAGCUUCUUAGAAGACAUUUACAUCAAUUUCAGGAAAAUGGAGCUGGUAGAAAUUUCAUAACUGCCCCGCGUGCGAAUUCACGGCUCAUUGCACAUGCAAGAAUGCAGAGAUCAAUCUGAAAUCUACAACGAGCAACGGAUUCAACUUUUGAAAAAUAAAUUCAUUAAUUUAUUCUUGGGGGGUACACUUGACCUGGUUUGACUGUAAAAUGAUGUCUACUUUGAUAACUUUUUUUCAUUGAAGUGCAAUGCACAGUCAUUCCAAACGUGAAGUGUUAGAAAUAUUUAAUAUGAAUGAGAAAAAUGUUAUUGCUUGAUUUUUUGUCUCAAAGCCGUCACCAAUUUGUCAAUUAUUGCAGAUUUUUAUUAAAAUGGUCACGUGAUCUAUCAAGCGACUUACCAGCACAAUAUUUGUACCUUAAAAUGUUAAGAAAGAUGAGCCCUUUUCCUUAUUUGCGGUACAUUUCACAUUAGCUCCAUCCUCUGUUUUGACGUUAUAGCCAAUAAAUCAUACAGUAGGUGAACUCAAAAUUGGCUGAAGGCUUUUUAAGAUUCCAAACCUGAUUGUCACUGUUAAUUCUUGGUAAACCAUACAUUGCACCCCUUAACUCGUACAUUCCACGAAUGGUUGUUUGUAUAUAUUUCUGCAUUGCUAGUGCCUCAUUUCUUCUUUGACAUGUCCUCAUCUUUAACAGCAGUGACCAAAACGAAUCUAUGUUGGUAAAUUAAAAUUGCAGCUUUUGGGCUCGUUCUUUUUAUCCUACCCAAAGAACGUUUCCGAAUACUGAAAUUUCUGAAGAUUCAGUUGAAAUACCUUAAGCGGUCCCUUUCCUUGCAGGCUACUAGCUUUUCCAUGAGAAAAAAGGGAAACAAAGAAGAGCCUUAAGAAUAAUAUUUCCAAACUCUAGUUAUCAACAAGCUCUAGACCAAGCAAAUUUGACAUCGUUAGCAGAUCGCAGGAUAUUCAUAUAUAAGAAGUUGAUGGCGGAUAUGAGGAAUGAGAGCCACCCCAUAUCUUUCUUAGCUCCACAAGUUAUGACAAGAUCUAUAGCAUAUCAGUUAAGAUCAGGAAAUAGUAAAACCACUACAACAAUGAAAAGGACAAAGAGAGCAAAUGACUCUUUUCCUUUUAGGUUUUCUUGAUUCCAAUUAUUAUUGUAAUACUUAUUAUUGUAAAUAGACUUAAUUAUUAGUAUUCAAUUGUAAAUUGCACUGUUUAUUAAGUUUUUAACUGCCAGAAGUAUUAAUAAACUAUUAUUAUAAACAAGCAAUAACUUUUAAUCUAACGUUUAUGUUUACUGAGUAAAAUACCUCUUUCUACGCUCUCUACUAUUAGGCUUGUUUACCGAGGUCCCGUCGUCAGGCACUUAGAAUCGCGACUUUGGUCCUCGCGUUUCAUAUUGGUACGACCAAGAUAGCUCUUGUUACGUUUUUAAGUACCUGUUUUCAGUUAUUAAAUCUCCUGCAAUGUUUUUCUACAGGGAAAGACAUAUGUCUCGGAAAGCCCCUUGACGACACUCUUCUUCAACUCGUACGGCUGGAAGUUCAACAACUAUCUGACUCGUUGGAUAAUCUAAAGGACGAAGACAGUCGCAUAUACGCUACUCUUGACCUUCUUAAAUCUGAGUUCGAUGAGGCCAUUGCCUUUCUUCAAGAAAAGCAAGCUGAGUUAGAAGUAACUUGCAAAGAACUUAAGCAACAUCAAGAAAUGUUCACUGAGAAAAUGAGCGCCAAGGAUAAGGAACUGGAGAUGUGCUGGGAAAUUACACAAAAAGUUCAACACCUCUGCAGACGUUUAGAAGUGAAAGCCAAUUCUAUGCUGCAAGAUUUGGAUUUUUUGAAAACAGCCGUAAAAAGCCUACCACAUUCAGAAGAUAUUGUCUUUGAUGCCCCAGAGCAAACCAAGUGGUUUACGGAAAGAGAAAAAGAAAUUGAAAAUAUUGAAAAGUGCCUACCACUGAACGAACGCAGAGAAUUAAAAAUGGCAGCCAUUUGUGGUCUCGGGGGAUGUGGAAAGAGCACUCUAGCAUCUUACUUUGCUUGGAAACGUAAGCAAGAGUACGAAGGAGGUGUGUUUUGGUUCUCUAUGGAGGACGACAGAAAGUUUGAAAGCUCUGUAAGUGACCUCGCUCUACGUUUAGGUAUUGAGGCAAAUUCAUUUGAUUUGACGCUGGCCAAACUUCUUAUGUGGAUCUCCAAGCUGGAAAAACCUUGGUUGAUGGUUCUUGAUGAUGUCGACCAGCCACACCUCUCUGAAAAUAUGCACACGGUUCUGUCUGGUCGGUGGAAAAGACGUGCAGGCGGUGACAUACUUCUAACGACAAGACGCGAACCAAAGGAGGUGUAUGGGUCUGUGGAUAUUGACCCAUCUUGCUGUAUUGAGCUCUUUUCCUUCUCAGAAGAAGAGGCCAAGGAGUUCCUUUUAGUCCGAUGUGGUUGUGCUGAUACAGAAAAUGAAUUGGUGUUAGAUGAUAUAGAUGAGCUGAUUUGCGAGCUAGGUUGUCUUCCUCUUGCUUUAGAACAAGCUGGUGCACAUAUCAAAGCUCUUCAGUGCUCUAUCAAAGACUAUCUUCAAGCGUACAGAAUUCAGCGACUGCAGUUGCUAAGUCAACAUCCGCGUGCAAAACCGUCUUGGGAGUACGAGUCUAAAAACCGACUCGCUGUGCACACCACGUGGCUUUUAAACUUUGAAUAUGUUAAAAAAUCACCGCAAGGGGAAUUGGCAUCAAUAUUCUUAAAAGCCUCGGCCUUUUUUGCAUCCAAUGAAAUCAACGAAGAGCUUGUCAUCUGUGAGGUGCUCUCCACUGAUCAAAGCUGUAAACUCCCCCUGGUGAAGAAUCAGAUCGUGGACAUUUUGACCAAGUUUUCACUUUUCCAGCGGAAAAGUUGCGAUCCCUGA